AUGGGAAGAACGCCUUGCUGUGACAAGAAAGGUUUGAAGAAAGGUCCAUGGACACCUGAAGAAGAUGAGAUUCUCGUUGAUUACAUCAAGAAGAACAGCCAUGGAAGCUGGAGAACACUUCCUAAGCAAGCUGGUUUACUUCGUUGUGGAAAGAGUUGUAGACUGAGAUGGACAAACUACUUAAGACCAGACAUAAAGCGAGGUCCUUUCACUCCUGAGGAAGAGAAACUUGUUAUCCAGCUUCACGCCAUUCUCGGCAACAGGUGGGCUGCAAUAGCAGCACAGCUUCCAGGAAGAACAGACAACGAGAUCAAGAACCUAUGGAACACUCACUUGAAGAAGCGUCUUCUAAGCAUGGGUCUUGAUCCCAAAACCCAUGAGCCAUUACCUUCAUAUGGGUUUGCAAAACAAGCUCCAGCUUCACCAACAACUCGCCACAUGGCUCAAUGGGAAAGCGCAAGGCUUGAAGCUGAGGCAAGGCUUUCUAGAGAGUCGAUGCUCUUCACUUCAUCUGGUGGAGUGAAGUCUGAUUGUGAUCACUUCUUACGCAUUUGGAACUCUGAGAUUGGUGAUUCUUUCAGAAAUCUCGCUCCUUUUGAUGAAUCAACUACAGCUACAAGUCAAAGCCCUUGCUCUAGGACGACAACAACAUCUUCCUCGUCUGCUGCAUUUCCAAAGAACUCAAAAUCUUCUCAAGGGAUCAUGGCGUUUCAUGGCUCUGAUUAUUACUCUCCUUGCUCGAACAAUGUUGAAGAUGAUUCAUCAGACUCUGCACUACAACUUCUGCUUGAUUUCCCAAUAAGUGAUGAUGAUAUGAGCUUCUUGGAAGAGAACAUUGGCAGCUACUCAGAGUCUCCUGUUGGUGUUGUCUCCAUGGUUUCUAAAUUCUAA